GAGGAGGCCUCGUCGGUCGGUUCAAUGGGUUUGGUAUCACGCCAGUUCCUCAAUUCUCAUCAGUUGUGCCAGAGUCGUUCCCUCGUGUGGACAGACAAAGAAGGAGCUCCCGCAGAAUCCCUCCACGCACACAGUGUAUAGAAUAAGUCGCCUCUUAAAUAAGGGGACAAAGCAGCGUAUUGCAAGACAAAGGACUUCAACAGGACGAACAUCCCUUCAGUGCACCAAUAGUGUGUUGCGUAGAAAUUUUCGACUCGAUAAAGAUUUUUUUUUGGCGCCGCGUGUGAAGUUGUGGUGGUUCAAUUGAAAGUAAUAAUAAAUUUUAAAAGAGCCACAAAAAACAAAGAGGAUCAUCAGAGAGCUAAAGAGUAGUGGACUUUUAGUGGGAAGAUGUGCAAAAAUUUCAAUAGACAAAAUUAUCAGCAAUUGUGAACAAUUUCCUCCACUCAAGUCUUUUGUGGAUGAGAGACAGUUCACUUGAGGAGAGAGAGUGAGCGAAAGAAUUAACGUAUUAAUAGCAAGUGAAUUGGUUGAUUUGUGUCGUGAGUGUGAAUGAAAUUGAAAUCAUCAUGCAGAUGACGGACUUCUUCAGCAAGCAAUGCUGCUUGGGUACAAUAGGGUUGAUUUUAGCGGGUUUUGGCACACUUUUUGCCAUCUUCUGGGUGGAUAUCUUAGAAACACAAAUUAUUAAUGAAUUAAAAUUGGCACCAGAUACUCGAACGUAUGAUAUGUGGAAGUCCCCACCAUUAGAUUUGAGUAUAGAAAUUUAUCUCUUCAACUGGACAAAUCACGAGGAUUUUCUCAACGCAUCCUCAAAGCCAAUUGUGAAGGAACUCGGUCCGUAUGUCUUUACGGAAAAGCCCGAUAAAGUGGACAUCUCGUGGCACCCUGAGAAUGCAACUGUUAGCUUUGGGAAGCUCAGUGUUUUCCACUUCGAUGCUGAGAAGAGUAAAGGAUCUCUCGAUGAUGUCAUUACAUCCGUCAAUAUUGUAGCUUUGUCUGCAGCAGAAAAGGUUCGUUGGGAGAACUAUGUGGAGCAGAAGAAAGUAUCAUUGGGAUUGAGUUUGUACAAUCAGGAGAUUCAUGUGACAAAGACAGCCCGAGAGUUCCUUUUCGAUGGCUACGAAGAUGAUCUUAUUGAGGUUGCUAAACAAAUGUCGGCAUUCUCAUCGGAUAUUGAGGUACCCUUUGAUCGUGCUGGAUAUUUUUACAUGCGCAACAACUCAGCCAGUCUCAUGGGACACUACAACAUGUACACGGGAGCUGAUGAUAUCUCAAAGAUUGGCAAAAUUGGCAAUUGGAACUACGGUCAAAGGACGGAAUUCUUCGAAGGACACUGCGGCAUGAUUAAUGGUUCAGCGGGAGAAUUCUAUCCGCCCUACCUCAAGAAGGAUCAAGUAUCCUUCUUCUCACCCGACAUGUGCCGCACAUUGCCAUUUGAUUUCGAGAGGGAAUCCGAAGUGGAGGGAAUUUUGGGGUAUAAAUUCACCGGUGGUGCUAAAACCAUUGACAAUGGUACCCUCUUCCCGGAGAAUUCUUGCUUCUGUGCUGGUGAAUGUAUGCCAUCGGGUGUCCUCAAUAUCUCAUCCUGCCGCUAUGGAAGUCCAGUAUUUGUCUCCUUUCCGCAUUUCUACGCUGCUGAUCCUUUCUACCUCGAUCAGGUUGAGGGAAUCAAUCCGUCCAGGGAGAAGCAUGAAUUCUUCCUUACAAUUGAGCCUAAAAUGGGCAUUCCAUUGGAAGUCGCUGCGAGAUUCCAACUAAAUCUUCUCAUUCGUCCAAGCACAAAUGUUGCCCUGUACCAAGAAGUUCCCACCGUUUUCUUCCCCGUCCUCUGGUUCCAACAGAAGGUUCUAAUUAAUCCCGAAAUGGCAGCUGAUCUCCGCCAAGUAUUGGCUCUACCCACAAUUGGGUACAUUUGUGCCGGUGUUGCAAUCAUCUUUGGUGUCCUCCUAAUCCUCUGGUUCCCACUCCUUAAACUAAUCUGUGGCACAGCUAGAAGUCAACGGGAGAGAGAUGUUGAGAGGGAGAAGAGAACUCCAGCGGGUCCAGAUGGCUCAGAUAGUCCACUAAUCUUUACAAAUGGCGUUAAAGCGGAGAUUAAGACAAAGCCUCAUGACAAGGGAAGCUGUGACAAGGAGCCCUACAAUUGAAUCUGAACACCUCUUUCACCAUUUCCAUCACACCUCUAGAAUUGAUGCCAAAGUGUCCAAUUUAGCUUUAAAAGAAAUGAUCACCUCAUCUUUCAAUUUUUGAAAAAUUCUGUAUAAACCACAGAUUUUAUUAACCUUCUGUGCGCCGUGUGUAAAACUUUUGGUUUUGUUGAACUCUAUAAGUCUUUUAUAUAUUUUAGAGCAAAAAAAUUUUUUUCUUAAAGGAAUUGUUACUUUUUCAAAUAUUUCUUGAGCAAUGAAGUACGAAAAAUCAAUUUAUUGCAAACAUUUGCAUUGUUUUAGCUCAAAAUUCUCAUUUUUACCACUCUGGCGCUUAAUAAGAAAAUAUAGCUGAGGGAUCAGCCAUAUACCCCUUAUGGCGUACGGAGGGUUAAAAGCUGUAGUAUUUGGACAUAUAACCGAUGAAAGUGGGAUUAACUAGAUAGAUUUCAUAAUAUAAUAACAAUUGACAAAGUGAUCAAAAGGUGCCCUCCUUUUUUUUAUUAAAACACAAAUCAUUUAUAAAAAAAAAGAACUAAUUAAUAAUGAUUAUAGAGAGAUUACAAAAAUGUGCCAAAAGACUCAAAUGUUACAUUUUUUUAAAUCAUAGAAUUUAUGAACUUAGAACAUAAGAAUACAUUCCAAUAUCAUAAGUUUGAUAUAAAAUAUUAUAAUAAAUUUGUUAUGACAUGUAGAAGAUAUUUUUAAAAUAAAUAUUUUAGAAGGAAAAAAA